CCGCUGCAGUGGAUGUCGUCCUCCCAGCCGGGCCCGAGGAACAGCGACCCCAGCGAGGGACAGGUCUUCCUCAGCGAGAGCUGUGUGAAGCACGCAUUUUAAUUCUCUUUCCUUAAAAGGCUGCUGGAGAUCACGGAAGGCUCGGAGUUUCUCAGGCUGCAGGUGGAAGGAGGUGGCUGCUCUGGAUUCCAGUACAAGUUUUCCUUGGACACAGUUGUUAAUCCUGAUGACAGGGUGUUUGAACAAGGUGGUGCCCGUGUGGUCGUGGAUGUGGACAGCCUGGCCUUCGUGAAAGGUUCCAUGGUGGACUUCAGCCAGGAGCUGAUUCGCAGCUCCUUCCAGGUGGUGAGCAACCCCCAGGCAGAGAAGGGUUGCUCAUGUGGGACUUCCUUCUCUGUCAAAUUCUGACUGGACUUCCCAUGGAUGGACACUGUCUGCAGACACUUCCUGGCAGUUUUCAGAGGGUUUUUGCUCGUUUUUUUCCCGGCUGCUCCCUCUCGCCUCCCUUACCCUGUAACACAGCUGUUACACAUGAUUCCAGCAGUGUGUGUCUGCACUGAGCCUGUCUUGAAGACUUGUUGGCCUUCCCUUCAGAAACAUGAAGU